CAAGAUGGCGGAGAGUGCGGAACUGAAGCAAAUGGUGAUGAGCCUGCGAGUGUCGGAGCUGCAGGUGCUGUUGGGCUACGCCGGACGAAACAAACACGGACGCAAACAUGAACUUUUGACCAAAGCGCUUCACCUGCUCAAAGCCGGCUGCAGUCCGGCCGUCCAGAUGAAGAUCAAGGAGCUGUACAGACGCAGGUUUCCCACAAAGAUGGUGUCGCCCGUGGACCUUUCGCUGCCGGGGGUUCACUCCGCCGCCAGCCUGACCGCCGGCCUGGCGCAGCUGGGCUCUGCGUCUCCUCUGCUCCCCGUGUCUUUGCUCGGACCCAAACACGAGCUGAGCCUGCCGCACCUGCCUUCUGCCCUGCACCCCGUCCACCCCGACGUCAAACUCCAGAGGCUCCCGUUCUACGACCUGCUGGACGAGCUCAUCAAACCCACCAGCCUCGUGUCGGACAGCAGUCAGCGCUUCCAGGAGGCCUGUUACGCGUUUGCGCUGACGCCGCAGCAGGUCCAGCAGAUCAGCAGCUCCAUGGACAUAUCGGGGACCAAGUGUGACUUCGCGGUCCAGGUGCAGUUACGGUUUUGUUUAUCAGAAACGAGCUGUCCACAGGAGGAUCACUUUCCUCCCAACCUCUGUGUCAAAGUGAACGGAAAACCCUGUAACCUCCCGGGAUACCUUCCUCCAACCAAAAACGGUGUUGAACCAAAAAGACCCAGUCGCCCCAUAAACAUCACGUCUCUGGUGCGUCUGUCCACGACCGUCCCCAACACCAUCGUGGUGUCGUGGACGUCGGAGAUCGGGAGGAGUUUCUCGAUGGCCGUGUACCUGGUGAGGCAGCAGUCGUCUGCCGUUCUGCUGCAGAGGCUACGAGCCAGAGGGAUCAGGAACCCGGACCACUCCAGAGCUCUGAUAAAAGAGAAACUGACGGCGGAUCCGGAGAGCGAGAUCGCCACCACCAGUCUGCGCGUGUCACUGCUCUGUCCUUUGGGGAAGAUGCGUCUGACCAUCCCGUGCCGCUCGGUCACCUGCUCCCACCUGCAGUGUUUCGACGCCACGCUCUACAUCCAGAUGAACGAGAAGAAGCCCACCUGGGUCUGUCCUGUGUGCGACAAGAAAGCCCCGUACGAACACCUGAUUAUAGACGGUCUGUUCAUGGAGAUCUUGAGCAGCUGCUCCGACUGUGAUGAGAUCCAGUUUAAGGAGGACGGGAGCUGGUGUCCCAUGAGGUCUAAGAAGGAGGUGCAGGAAGUAUCAGCCGGGUACAACGGCGUGACCACAGAUUUGUCUCGGACAGAAGCCCACGAGCAGAAGAGGUCACACGACAGCAAAAAGAAAGUGGACGUGAUCGAUCUGACCCUGGACAGUUCGUCAGAAGAAGAGGACGAGCCUCCUCUGAAGAGACCCUGUCCCUCUCUGUCCCCCGUGUCUCCGCCCGUCAACAAAGGAGUUUUGAACCUGCACCAGAGUUCUCCUGUGACCCGGGCCCCCAGCAUGCCCCCCGUGGAGAGCAGCUACAUCCCCCCACCCCCUCCCCUCAUCCAGGACUACCGCCACUACUACCACACCGCCACUGACCUGCCCGAAUUAAAUUUCUUCUCGUUCCUUCAAGGCGACAAUCAGCAUUAUAACAUGGUGAUGGCGGCCGCUGCUGCGUCCGCCUCCUCCUCGGAGGAGCACGAGCUGCUGCUCAGUCGGUUCCUGCCUUACAGCUCGGCUCAGGUGAUGCGCGAGCAGGGCUCCGGGGGCAGUUCUCUGGGGGUGACGGGCAGCAGUAACAGCGGCAGCAGCUCCAGCCUGGUGUCGUCCUCCGGCAGCCUGAGGGACAAAGAGCGGGACGUGACGGGACUGUCCCGCUCGUCCGUGGAGGCCGCAGCCGCUGUCGCCGCCAUUUACGGAUCCAUGUCGGACGUGAUCUCUCUGGACUAGGACAGGGGACUGAUGAACUGUGGAGGUGUGUAAAUAGAGAGGAGAGAAUACAGCGCUAUGUACAGAGAGAAAUCUAUUUUCAAUGGGACUUAUCGUGUAUAUAACUUAGACGCUCGGCCGAUGACUUCCUUCAGUUAUUUUUCUGUGGACACUGAAGACUUUUUCACACCUCCCCAUGUGGCCCUAUAAUUAUUCUACCUUUUCUACUCAGUUUUUACCGUUUUGUUUCAAUAUUUCAUGUCAGCGGCAUUAUGUUAGUAUAAUGUUAUAAUCUGCACACGUUGUAUAACAUUACAUGUAGAAUGUGAAGAGGCGGAUGCAACCAGACCACGCUUAAUAAUAUUAUUAUCAUUUGUGACUGAUUCAACUCCUCAUGUUACUGUAGACUGUCCAUUUGUUAAAUUAUUGUUCACAUAUUUAUGAUUCAAGUUAUUGGGUAGAUGCUGUUUGAUGCAUUCCCUCUGCCUUAGACAUGUUCUCCUCUGCAGACGAUUCUUCACUUUGAUUUUCAAGUGUGGCUUAAAGGAGAAGAAUGAAAUCUUUUCAUGACAGCAUUUGGCUUCAGGGCCCUUCGUCAGUGUCACGUGUUCAGACUCUGACGCUCCGUGAACAGCGGGGGGGCGCAGCGGCUCCGCGAACAGCGGGAGGCGCAGCGGCUCCGCGCACAGCGGGGGGCGCCGCGGCUCCGCGCACAGCGGGGGGCGCCGC